UCUUCUUCCUUCAAAUUGCUGCUGCCCCUCUGGGCGAGAGAUCUGCGGCUCAGUCUCUCUACUGUUCAGACUCUCUGGUCUUAGGUUAUUGGGACCGUAAGAGUGCCGCGAAGAGCGCAACCCUCUUAUACCCCAGAAGAUCCGGACUCACGGCAUCCUAUUGAGCCUCCAGGGUGGAUACCUAGAGCGCUCACAACUGCUCGCCUCACGCAGCACUUGGGACUUUGAGCUUUCUGUGCAGUCUCAUACUCCAUAUAUACAACAUCUGCAGUGAAGAAGACCUGCGUGCCUAUACUGAUAUUUAAACCCCCCAAAAUGGCCAAACGGAAAGUGGACUUUGAAAACAGGUGCUUUCAAAAGAGGUGGGAAGCAGAGUACCUGUUUGUUAACAUUGAAAAUAAGGCCAUGUGCCUUGUUUGCGGAGGUAAUGUGGCCGUACUUAAAGAAUAUAACAUGAGACGGCACUAUGAGACGAAACAUCAGGACAAUUAUAAAAACCUGAACAUACAGCAGAAGCUAAAGGUGGUGGAAGAGUUUAAAGUGAGACUGAUGUCACAGCAGCAUAUGUUCAGAAAAUCACAAAGUGAAGCUGCUGCGAAAGCUAGUUUUAUAGUGGCAGAAGAGAUAGCUAAAUCAGCCCGGCCAUUUACAGAGGGGGAGUUUUUGAAGCACUGCAUGAUUAAAGUGUGCGAAGUCUUGUGUCCAGACCAAAAGCAAGCAUUUUUGAAUGUAAGCCUAAACAGAAAUACUGUUGCUGAUCGGAUAGGUGAGCUUGCCACUGAUUUACAAGCACAGUUGAUGGAAAAGGGAAAAAGUUUCAUUGCAUAUUCCCUUGCUGUGGCUGAGAGCACUGACAUCACUGGCACGGCACAGCUGGCAAUCUUCAUCCGUGGAGUGGACUCAAGGUUAUGCGUUACAGAGGAACUUUUGGAUAUUAUAUCAAUGCAUGGCACUAGCACAGGAAAAGACAUAUUUGAAGCAGUAUCUAAAUGUGUAAAUGACAUGAAACUGCCCUGGGACAAACUUAUAGGACUGGCAACAGAUGGAGCACCUUCAAUGUGUGGGGAAAAGAGUGGAUUAGUGGGAAGGAUGCGAGAGAAGAUGAAGAGCGAGAAUUGCACAGGUGAGCUGACAGCUUAUCACUGCAUCAUACACCUGGGAACACUGUGCGGCAAAACCCUGAAGAUGGAACAUGUAAUGAGCACUGUAACACAGACAGUUAACUUUAUAAGAGCCAAAGGCUUAAAUCACUAUCAAUUCAAAUCUUUUUUGGAGGAAAUACAUUCUGAACUUGGUGAUCUUCCCUAUCACACAGAGAUGCAGUGGAUAAAUCAAGAAAAAAUGCUCAGUAGAUUUUUUGAGUUGCGUAAGGAAAUCUGUCAGUUCAUGGAAAGUAAAGGAAAAGGUUGUACAGCACUGUGGGAUGAAAAGUGGCUAUGCGAGUUAGCUUUUCUGUGCGACAUAACCAAGCAUCUCACUGCACUAAACCUUCAGCUUCAGGGACGGGACCGUGUGAUCAUGGACAUGUAUGGUGCAGUGAAAGCCUUUCAAUUUAAGCUGCGACUGUGGGAGACUCAAAUGCAGCAUGGAAACUUGAGUCACUUUCCCUGUUGCCAAACAAUCACAAGCCAGGUCUCCAGUGCUGUGUUCUUAGAUGCUCAUUUUGCUAAUAAGCUGAAUGCACUUCAAAUGGAGUUUACACGUCGCUUUGUUGACUUUGAAGAACAGAAAUUCAAUUUUGGAUUGCUCAGUAAUCCAUUUGCAGUUGAAGUGGCAAAAGCACCCAUAAAUAUCCAGAUGGAGCUGAUAGAACUUCAGUGUAGCAGCACAUUUAAAGCAAAGUAUGAUUCUGUAGGGCCCGCACGGUUCACCAGGUUCAUUCCUGAAACGAUGCCCCAACUUCACCUACAAGCUGCUCGAAUGCUCUGCAUGUUUGGGAGUACAUACCUGUGUGAGCACCUUUUCUCUGUGAUGAAGGUGAACCAAAGCGUACACAGAAGUGUUCUCACUGAUGCACAGCUCCACUCUAUCCUGAGAGUUUCCACAGCUCAGAAUUUAACCUCAAAUCUGAAUGAACUUGCAGGCAAGACAAGAUGCCAAACAUCCGGCUCAAAUGACCCAGGAUUUAACAAUUCAAACAUCCCGUUGAGUUCCUAAAGUGGUAUGUUGGAUUUGGAUUUGUAAUCUUGUUUAUGUUUAUUUACUAAACUUAUCUUUCAUUUAAUCAAAAGAGAAGCUUAUCAUCUUGUGCUUGUUCCAGAAGAAUUAGAAGAACCCAAUCCCUGGGAUGAUCUAGGCUUGUUCUUCCCGUAGAGCCUCUUAAAAUAAAAACUGGUUGAAGCAACAUAAAAGCAUUUGUAAUAAAAUGUCAAUGUUUAUCAUGAUGUUUAAAUACAAUCUCUGUUAAACA